CCUAAUGUACCAUUAAUGAAAGAAACAAAGGAUUGUUUCACUAUCAAUAAUAAUCAAAAUUUUGAUAAUGAUAUUUGGAAAAAUUUGCUUUCAUUUUCACCAAUACGUUAUAUUGUAUUCAUGUCUAUAGCACUUAAUCUUGCACGUAAUGAUAUUUGUGUCAACAAUAAUACAACAACAACAACAAUAAUAGACAAUAAUUUUUGGUGCGAUGAUCUAAUACAAUUUGAACGAAAAUUAUUUUUCAAUUAUCUAAGUGAUCUUGAAGAUAAAGUUGAAAUGCCUGUUAUGAGUUUAAGUUCAAUUGAUAAAUUAGGAUUAUAUAAAGAUUUAUUAUUAUAUAAUGGAAAUGAAUUUAAAUUUAUUGAUUCAGAUUAUUUAUUAGAUCAAAGUAAUUGUAAUAAUAAUAAUGAUUGUCAAUCAUGUAUUAAAUUUCGUCAAUCACGUACACAGGCAAUGUUGGAUGAUGAAAAUAUUGAUGAUAAUGAUGAUGAUAAUGGUAUGACUAUUGACGAUGGUGGUAGUACUAGUAAUAAUGAAGAUUUAAAUAACAAUAACAAUCAUAAAACUAGUCACGAAAAUUUAAGCCAAAAUCAAAGACAACAUAAUCAUCAUCAUCAUCAAAAUCGAUACCCGCAGACAAAUUCCAUAGUUAAUGAUUUGAAAGAAACUAGUAAUAGUAAUGAAAAUGAAGAAAUGUUAUCAAAUGAAGAUGUUUCAAUGAUGCAUGUUGAAACAUAUGAAAUUACACUUGGUCUUUUACUUCCAUUACAUAAAAUUGGUAAUUCAAUAUUAGAUUGUUCAAUUGAAUUAAAUUUACCGGCAUAUUAUAUUUAUGAAGCAUCAAAAUGGAUUGUUGAAAAAAUUAAUCAAAAUAAUUAUUUAAUACCUGGUAUUGAAAUAAAAUUAGAAUUAAUCGAUACAUGUUCAUCACCAUUUUAUGCAACACAAGAAUUAGCACAUUUAACUAGUUCGGAUGCUAAAGUACAACCAAUUGCAUUUGUAUCAUCAUUACCACGUGAUCAUUAUAAACAAAUUGUUGAAUUUGUUUCAUCAAUCAAUUAUACAUUGAUUGCAACACAAGAUUUAUCGAUAAUGGAUUUUCCAUUUGGUCCAAAACAUGGUAUCCUGCAAACAGCAACAACAAGUCAAUCAUUGAUUAAAACAACAAUAGAACAAUUAAAAUAUUUUGGUUGGCGUUAUGUAUCGAUAGUAAUCGAUCCGGAUGAUUUAGUUUCAUCGGCAAUGUUUCAUCAUUUUCAAGAAAUGGCUAUACAGGAAAAAAUUUGUUUCAUAUCAAUCGAAUUUAUCGAUAGUAAUAAUGGUGGUAAUACUACCGUAAAUAAAUUGAUCGAAAAUCAUAAAAAUGGUGCAAAUGUUGUUAUUCUUUUCAUCAAUUAUAUUAAUACAAUCAAAUUAAUGCAAUCAUAUCGAUUGAAUAAUAAAUUUAAUAACAAUGAACCAAAUUUUAAUGGAAAUUUACAUUUUAUAAUUGUACGUGAUCAAAAUCUUGAACUUGUUUAUGGUUUUGAAGAAGAGUAUUUAGGUUCUAUUUUUAUACGCGAAUCGAUUGGCAAUAUAAAUCAUUUUGAUAAUCAUUUUUUGGAUCUUGUUUCGAAUCCAUCAUCAUCAUCAUCAUCAUCAACAAAAGUAAAAGAUAAAAUGUUACAUCAAUUUAUACAACAAUGUGGCAUGAAUAGUCAACAAUGUUUACGUACAAUUUCAUCGUUUGAUAAAACGAUCACGACAAAUACAAUGCAGGCAAUUUUAUCUAUUGUUGGAGGUUUCGCACGAAUGCGUAAUCAAACCUGUGCAAAUGAAAAAGGAAUCUGUAAUGAAAUGCUUUAUGCUGAUUUUCAUCGUAAUCUUCUCAAAUAUAUUCUUAAUACACGUUCAAUGCGUAUCGAUUCAGAAAUGGAUAAAAAAUUUAAAAGUGAAAAUUUUGAUAUAUUUGAAUUUGCAUCCGAUGGUUCAUCGGCUAGAGAUAUUGAAAUACUGAAUUUCAAACAUGAUCAUUCGAAUGGUUUUUUUCGUUUUGAUAAUGUUGCAUUAUAUAAUCAUAAUCAACAGGCAUUGAUUAAAAAUCCAAAUGUACGUUAUAUAUUCUAUAAGUUUAAUGGUUUCAUUAAUGGACAUAAAGAAUAUAAUGAAACUGAAUUUAUUGGUUCGGAUUGUAUAAAUCUAAAAAAAUGUAUUCAUUGUGAACCACAAAGUCCGGAAUUUAUUUAUAUGCCAUCAUGGGAUAAUCUUAUUGUUAGCGGUAUUUUCGAUAUACAUCGACAUUCAUCACAAAAUCCAUUUAUUUGUGAAAGAAAUGAAACAAUUUUUGAUAAUAUACAAAAUGUUGAAGCAUUCAUAUGGACAAUCGAUUUGAUUAAUCAGGAUACAAAUAUUUUACCCGGUGUACAUCUUGGUACAUUAAUUUUUGAUACAUGUUCAUCAUAUCAGAAAAUUUAUCGUGAUGUAUCAAAUUUUUUAAGUAAUUCAUUAUUACUUGGUGAUUAUAAAGUACAGAUACCAAAUUCCGAAUCAUUAGCCGGUUUUAUUGUUGAUGGUAGUACAACAAAAGUUAUUGAUUCAGUAUUAGAUUUAACAAAACCAUUAAAUAUGACUGUAUUGGCAACCGAUGCACGUGAAAUUAAAUAUAAUGAUAUUCGUCAUUAUCCACAAUUUCUUGGUUUUUCAUUACCAAAUAAUAUAUAUGUUGAUGCAAUUAUUAGUUUUCUGAAAAAAUAUUCAUGGACAUAUGUUUCAGUAUUAUAUGAAAAUAAUAAUUUCGUUACCUAUCGUCAUGUUGAUGCAUUUUCAUAUUUUCAACAUAAAGCACAACAAAAUGGAAUACAAAUUGCAACAAAAGAAGCAUUCAAUGAAAAUAAUAUUCCAAAUUCAAUUAAAAACCUGAAAACAUUUUCACAAAUUGGAUCACGUUUAUGUAUUGUAUUUUUAUCACCGGAAAAUCUUGGAAAAUUUCUUGAAUUUAAUGAAAAACAAUCAGACAAUAAUAAUCGAUUACAAUCAUAUGAAAUAAUGUUUGUUACGAUUGAUUCACAAAAUGUACUGCAAGAAUUUGCUCGACAACAACCAGAAUCACAAACAAUGAUAAAUGCUAUAAGUUUAGGACCAGAUGAACAUAUUAUAACCGAAUUUGAAGAACAUUUUUUUGAUUUAUCUUUACAAAAUAAUCAGAAAAAUCCUUGGUUUGUACAAUAUUGGGAAAAAGUUAACAAUUGUAAAGGUUUUAAUUGUAAUAAAAUUCAGACAAAUUUACGAAUGAAAAAUUUAACAAUAAGUUCACGUACAACCAAUAUAAUACAUUCGGUUGUAGCUAUAGCACAUGGUCUUGAAUAUCUUCGACGAAAACUUUGUCCCGAAAGUUAUAGCGGUUUAUGUCCGGAAUUUCAUUCACAUGUUCGACAAGAUUCACAAAUGAUUUAUAAUUUUAUUAAACAAAAUGGAUUCACCAGUCUAGAUGGAAGUCAAUUUCGUUUCACACCAAAAUCCAAUUAUCUUGUUGGAAAUCUAAAUAUAUUUCAUCUACAACGACAUCAUAAUAUGCUCAUGUGGAACGAAAUUGGUCGUUUUGAUUAUGAGAACGGUAUACAAAUGGGAAAAAUGAAAAUCAAAUUCAAUGCUAUGAAUGGUACAACCAUAUCAUUUAUGAAAUUAAUUUCUCUUUGUCAAAAUUCGAAUGAAUGUGCUGCAUUGAAUAAGAUGAAUCAAAUAAAUCAAACAUUAUUACCAUUGGUACCGAUAAAAUUAGCACAGGCAACAAUUGCAUUAUUCAUACCAUUACAUAAUGUAGAACGAUCAUCAAAUGGCGUGAAUUAUACCUGUGGCCAUAUUAAUCCAGAUAUAUUUGAAAAAUUUAUGGCCAUCUAUUAUUCACUUAAUAGCAUAAAUAAUAAACUUCAACAACAACAACAGCAACGACAAUUGUCCGGUGAACCUUCAUCUCUAUCAACAAAUCUAAAUAUUCUAUUGCUUGAUCUGUGUACAUUGAAAGAGGAUAAAUUGGCUACCAUUUUGUCUGAUUAUAAUUUUACUCCUAAAGUUGUUGCUGUACUUAGUUUAGCUGGUGAACAAAAUUCAAUGAUCAAUAAUGAUGGUAAUAGAAAUGGCAAUUUUAAUGAUAAUAAUGUUGUUCAUCAACUUGGUCAACGUUUUAAGAACCAGUUUUUAAAUCUUCUUGGUGAUUAUAAUCCUUUUGUCUAUAGUUUUCAUCAAUCAUCAAAAAAUGAGAAACAAAAUUUUUUCUUAACAAACAAUGAAAAUAAUGUAGCCGAUUUUGAUAUGAAAAAAAAUCAUCAAAUGUUAACAUCACGUAUGAUUAUUGAUCUUUGUGUACGAAUGAAAUGGACGACAAUCAAUAUUGUUUAUUCAAAUGAAUUCAUUCGUAAUUAUUUUCAAUUUGAAGCAAAUAAAAUGAACAUUUGUGUGGAUAAAACUAUACAGAUUACCGUUAAAGAUAUUGGACGAUCAAUGUUUGCAAAUGAAUGGCAAUCAUUUACACAAACACUUGAUACAAACAUCAUAAUUUUAUUGACCAAUACGGAUAUUAAUGAAUUUCUUAUAAAAUAUUCAUCUAAAUAUAUUUUAGAUCGUUUUAUAUGGAUUGGUGAUAAAUAUCUAAAAACAGCAGCAACAAAUUCAUUAAAAAAUUAUCGAAAAACUAUUGAAUAUGGUAUUGUUUUGAAACGUUAUCAAAAAGAUCAUUCAAUCGAUCAAGAAAUGACCGUUGCAUUAGAUGAUUUAUCAAAAUAUUUUAAUAUUAAUAAUCAACGUUUAGGAAAUAAAAUGAUCAAUGAUUGGUUACAUGAAUAUUGGCAAAGAAAAUUUCAUUGUUCACCAUAUACACAGAAACAUGAUUCAAAAUGUUUUGAUAGUAAAUAUGCCCGAAAAGCUAUGUUGAACAUUAAAGAGAUUAAACGAUUAAUGGAUUUUAGUAAAACAUUAAGUACAUCGAUAAUAAAAUUCGUGACAAAUAAAUGUUUAAAUGUAACUGUAAAUCAACAACAACAAUUUGAUGAACUUUGUCUUUAUAAUUUUCAUUUACGAAAUGAACUAAAACAAAAUAUUAUUGAAGAUUUAAGUAAUAAUAAUUAUUUUCUUAAUGAUUAUAAACCAAUCAAUUCGGAUAAUCAUUAUGAACUUGAAAUAUUAUCAAAUCAAGCAAAAAAAAUUAAUCUUUUUAAUUCAUUCAAUUGGUCAAAUAUUUCGGAUUUUUUGUCUACAAAUAUUAAUGGCCAUAGCCAUUUUAUUAAUUGUCGUACAAGUUGUAAUUAUUGUACAUUACAAUUAUCACAAAGUAAAAAUAAAAGUGUUAAUAUGUUAUUUUCCGAUACAUUACAAUCAUCAUUGAUUAGUGAAAAUAAUCUUUAUCGAACAUGGUAUAUUGUUCUUUCAAUUUUAUCAACAUUAGGCAUUAUUAUGGUAUUGAUAUGUGUCCUGUAUUUUAUUCUAAUAUUUCCUGUUGCAUUGGGCACCACUAUUAUUGGUUAUCAAAUUCUUGUUGGAUUAUUUUUUUGUUUUCUAAUCAAUUUUGCCUAUCUAUUACCAAUUACACAUACUGUUUGUUGGGUUCGUCAAUUUGGUUUACCAUUUGCCUAUUGUAUUGUAUUGAGUGGAUUUUUUGUCAAAUCCUAUAAUUAUUGGUGUCAAAUUUUAUUGAAAAAAUCUACAACAACAUUACGAUAUAAUACACCAUUUGCACAGAUUUCUUUAUCAUUGAUAUUUGUUAUAAUGCAAUUAAUAUUAACAUUAAUUACAAUGCAUCAAUUACAGAUUGGUUCAUCUUUCGAUUCAUUAUCAACACGUUGUACAUUUAUCGAUACAAAUCGUUUUAUUCUAUCACAACCACAAUUUAUAUUGCCAUUAUCAUUAUUAGUCAUAUUAUUUGGUUUUAUCAUAUUUUUUACGAUAAAAACAUUUAAUAAUCAAGAAUCAAGAUGGAUUUUUGUUUGUAGUUUUAUAACCGCUAUCAUAUGGAUAGGAUGGCUUACCACAAUAACGUUACAUUUACAUGAAAAAUUCCUAUUAACAAUAAUGGCCAAUCUGAUCAAUGCAUAUAUUAUUAUAAUUUUUCUUUACAUUCGAAAAUUGUAUUUAUUUUCGAAAAUUUCCAGAAAAAUUCUCAAAGAACGUCGUAUGAAUAUGGAGGUAACAUUACAAGGUGAACCAUUUGCCGAUAGUCGACAACAAUAUGGUGCAUUCAAAACCUGUACCGAUCAUAUUUCAUGGAGUAAUGUACAAAAUCGUAUCAAUUUUCGACAAGCAACAAGAUCACCAUUUGAAGGUGAUCAAGAAGAUAAUAUUAGUUCUUGCGGAUCAGUAAAAUCAGCCACAUCAUCACAGGUACAAUGUCAAGAAUUAUAUCCAAUGGAUGUUUAUGAUAAUCAACAAUUAAAUAGUAAUAGUAGUAAUAGUAGUGGUGUAUCAUCAUCAUCAUCAAGUAGAGAAUCUAAAAUUACUCAAUCAACACGUUCAAUAUAUGAUCUGAUUGAUGAUGAAAAUAUGAAAUGAUUCAUCCAUUAGUAUUAUUCGAACAAAAACAUGAUAAUCGUUUUCAUUUUUUUUCUGAAACAAACAAACAAAAAUCUGGUCCUCAUCUGUUUCUGGUCAUUACCCCAUGCAAUCAGGAA